GAUAUUGAAUCAGUCGACGCGGAAAUCGCAAGACAGUAUCAGUUGAAUGAGAAAGUCACUAAUGAAGAGUACAAAAUCUGGAAAAAGACCGUGCCGUUGUUGUACGACACUGUCCAAAGCCAUGCCCUUCAGUUUCUCUCUUUGACCUGCCAGUGGCUCCCAGAAGUCGAGUUAGAUGCGGACAAGCAGUCACUCAGGGCCCAGUUUGUGUUUGGCACCAACACUUCCGGUUACCAACAGGACUACUUACAAGUCGGAAGCAUCCAGCUUCCGGAGACGUUGGACUCUCAGAACGCUAUCCCGGUUCCCACCACCAAUGACCCAACCUUCAACGUUGUGAAAAAGUGGAAACACAACGGUGAAGUAAACAAAGCGAAAGUCUCGCCGAAUGGAAAGCUCAUCGCGACCCUAUCGAACUCGGGGUCGGUGUAUGUUUUUGACCGGUUUUCCUCUGGUGAAGGCCACAGAACUGAGCUUAAGUAUCACACCAAAGAGGGUUACGCCUUGAACUGGAUUAAUGAUAGUGAAUUGCUCUCCGGAACUGACGACGGAAAGAUCUCGUCUUGGGAUGUCAAUCGCGACGUCCCCGUGAACGCGUUCGCUUCGCACAGCGCUACGGUAAAUGAUAUAUCUGCGAACAAGGUGCACCAAUUCUUAUUUGCCUCAGCUUCAGACGACCAGACAUACCAGGUCCAUGACUUGAGGACCCCGGCUACGCCCUUCAUCACACGUAACCUCGGUGCUGCGGUCAAUGCCGUCUGCUUCCACCCCGAGCUCGGUACUAUGUUCGCCACCGGCUCUGCAGACAUGGUGGUGGGCUUAUGGGACUUGAGAAAGCCGAGCGCGCCGUUCAGACAAUUGCGCGGCCAUACUGGCGCAGUCACGAACGUGGAGUUCAGUCCGACCGAUAGUUCGUAUGUAAUGUCCAACGCUGCUGACAAGCGCAUCAACAUCUGGAAUUUAGAGCACUUGGGAAGCGACUUUGACGAGGAAAACUACUUUUCCCGUAACGAAAAAGGCGCCUAUUACGACCCGUGUUUGGAGUUUAUUCACGCCGGCCACACCUACAAGGUGAAUGACAUGGCAUACCAUCCAAGCUUGAGCCAUGUGAGCAUAUCUGUGGGCGAUGACAACUUAUUGGAGGUGUGGAAG